CUUUACCUCGACUUCGUACAUCUAUCUGCGAAGCAGACCUGAUUAAAACAUUGUAGAUGGCAUUUCUGCCUCUCCGGGCAACAGCCAUGACGGGGGCUUUGAAUGUCCUUUUCAUUGCCUGUUUGCUGCAAGGUACCCUGUGUGGAGAGUUCAGAACAUUUAUGCCGAAGACUAUUGAGGUUCUCAGUGGAUCAUGUGUGACCAUCCCCUGCUCCUUUGACAUUGAAGACAAAUAUAAAACAAACUUAGAUAACACAUGUAAAGCAAUAUGGACACAUGAUAAAAAGACUGUUGUGUUUGACAGCAGCAAUCCUCAACAAACUCCAAUAAAAGGAAAUUUCACAGGAGACUUAAAACAAAAAGACUGCACCACAACCCUGAACAACAUGAAACCUGCUGACAGCAACACAUAUAACUUCAAAUUGGAAUGUGACAGUGCACUGAGAUAUCAUUUUGUUCAACAAGUCUUGAAUAUUGUAGUCAAUGCUCAUCUACCCAGACCCACUCUGAGUCCGUCCACGCUGGAGGCGAAGGAGGGAACCUCAGUGAGUCUGAGGUGCUCUGCUCCAGCUCCCUGUCUGUCUCAUCCUCCAUCUCUGACAUGGACCCCCAGGCUGGGUGACAGUCAGGAGACACUGCAGGAGAAUCAGGACAAAACUCAAGUCCAGACCUCUGUAGUGACCUUCACUGCUUCUCACCUCCAUCAUGGACAGACAGUCUCCUGUACUGCCACCUACAACAAACAAGAUGGCAGCAGCAAGUUCGCUGUUAUCAAAAGUUUCACAGCAGAUAUAUCAUUUGCUCCUCAGAUCUUGCUCUCAUCUAAUUGCACCAAAGCUGCAGCCCAGCUCACCUGUUCCUGUGAGACUGUGGGAAACCCUUCUCCUGCUUUACAGUGGUAUCUGGAUGGGUUACCUCUCAAUAAUUCAGAGAAGCUGGUUAUCAGCUAUGAGCCUCUGAAAAACACAAGCCUGAGGAGCAUCAUCACAGUGAAUCAACUGCAGGAGAGGGAUCUUUCCACUUUGAUCUGCCAUAGCUCCAACUCUCUUGGAUCUGCCACUCUGCGCUUUUUUGUCUACAGCCCUGAGCCUCAAACAUCUGCCGAAACAUGUUCAGGUCAAGUUUUGUUUCAACUCUUCAUCUCAGCACUUGGUAUAGCGUCACUAUUAUGUGCUCUACUGUUUGCUUUCAGAUUUUGCAGGCAUCAGAGGACUGGCUGCCAAAAUCCUACAAAGACUCAGAGCACAAGUGACACCAGCUCAGUUGUGAUGACAACUGAAAAUGAAAAUAAGGUGUCUAACACAGGGGAGGAGGAUAUUUAUGUCAACACCAUUACAAUGAGAGAGUCAAAUAUGCCAAAUACUCCUCCGGAAAGUCAACAGGUUGUAAGUAAAAGCUCGGUGAAGAAGAAUGAGGAAGACAGCGACCUGGUUUACUCUGAAGUGAUGUGGAAGAGCAAUAAGAAGAAGGGAGAACACAACAGGAAUCAUGUGAGCUAUGCACUGGAGAUGGGGUGGCCAUAUGAAAAGACUGAGACUGGAAAAGAUGCAGAGACGACCAUGUGUAGUGAAUAUGCCCAGGUUCAUUUUAGAGACAAGAAUAUUAACUUAUAAAAACCUUAUAAUUUCUAUGAUCAUUUUUGUAUCAGCGGUGGUGGUUUUAGUAAUGACUAUGGAUUGAAUUUUAUCAUUGGUGUUUAGUCCCUAACAUACACAGGAGUCAUUUCUAAAACACAGUGCAAACUAAUAAGCACCACAAAAUUGACAAGUCUAAGGACCAAUGGGUCUAUAAAUUGGAUUUUAAAAUGAAGCA